UCUUCAGUCCGGCUCAAUUCUUACGCGCAUACUGUUUACGCUUCUAUACAAGACUAAAACUUAAUUUUAAAUUAAUUAUAAGAUUAAAAAAAAACAAUCUGCAGUUGAAUUUAUUUUUAAAAUUGCGGGUCAGUAAAAAUAAAAUUCAAUUGUGUGGUUUUUUUAAUAAAAACUUUGGAAAUUUGAAGUUGCUUGUGGAUUUAGAGUGGACAUUUUUGUUUAUCCUUCCGCCGGACUUUUUUGGAAAACGGUGAUAACUCUGCGAUUAAAAGAAAGAGCUGUUAUUUUCGCGGAAAAAAAGAAGAGCCAGUAGUCAGUUGGCCUCCGGAGCGGAAACAAUCAUUUUUAUUGUUGAGGUUAGAAAUAUUCAAAAUGGAGGCUCCUUUGUUGGCCAAUAAGCCAACGCUAGUUCGACGUGUGUCUGAUUUAUUAAAAGAUGGCAGUCAAAGCACACCAUUGCUCUUCAACAACCCAUCCAUCCAAAAGCUGCGGCACUGUUGCCAAAACCUUAACCUCUUCCCCUACUUGCUCUACUCCCUGGGUUCUAAAACGAGUACGGAAAAAUUCACCCUCACCCAACUGAUCCAGCGGAUCACUGACAAGAUCUUCCUCCUCUACGCCAGUGUUUACGCUUCGAUCCGCCAGAGGGCCCACCGUGCUCAUUCCCACAAUCCCCAGGCUGCUAGGGAAAAAUCUCCGAGCAAACUCAGCGAAGAAUACUUCCAACAGCACUCAGCGCGCCCGUCAGCGAAGAAACCCCACUCUUUACUAAUCUACGCCAUCUACGUCUCACAAGUGGUACUUGUAACGCAAUUAGUAACGCUGCUUCGCAUAAUGUUCAUCGGAAAAUUCACACCCGGGUUCAUUUUCUUGUUCUCCGCCAUGUUGCUUCUUUGCUGCAUUUCGAUGAAAGUUUUCUUCGCGUCGAAUAUUUCGCAAAAAGUUAAUCGAGGCAAGAGAAAAAUUGAAUAGAAUUAUUUUUAUAUUUUAUAUUAAUUAUUUAUAAUUUUUUACGAUAUUUUUUGUUAUAAUUAUAAAGUUUUGAAGUACUGAAAAUUUUUUUUACAAUUAUUUAUAAAAUUAGAUUAUUCAUAAGAUCAAAUCUUAAGAACAAGUAAAUAGCUUAGAAAGCGACCGCUAGAUGGCGUUGUGACCCUAUUCUGAUAUUAUUGUUGUAAGGUAGAUUUAAUAAGAGUUUUUUUAGGUUAUAUUUGUAGAAUGCAAUUAAAAUAAUUAUUAUUUUCUUAUAAA